UUUUCUAUUGCCAAAGCCAUUUUUGCAAGAAAAAUGAACAUCAGGUGCACGUCAUUAACAUUGGUCUCAGCAGUCGUUGUUGCCGUAAUAUCCACACUUUUUGUACCUCAUAAACUACCACACCCGAGUCAUGAAACUCACGCUAGCUCCAGAUACUACUUGGCGUCAAGGCUUUCAUGGAUUAGGCAAAGUGAGAAGCUUCACCACCACCAUCACCACAAACACCAUCACCACCAUCGUUUGAAACCAAUUCCUGAACCCAUAUGCAAUGACUUUCCGCCUGACUUCCCGCCAGCACCGGCUGAUAACCAGUCUGCCGUUUUGUGUGUCGACAGGAAUGGCUGUUGCAACUUCACGAAGGUGCAAGCAGCCAUUGAUGCAGUUGUAUCAUCUGACCAGACUAGAACUAUAAUAUGGAUCAAUGCCGGCAUCUACUUCGAGAAGGUGACCAUCCCAAGCACAAAGCCGAAUAUCACACUGCAAGGACAGGGAAUGUACUCGACCGCCAUCGUUUGGAACGACACCGCCAAUUCCACCGGAGGAACAUUCUUCAGCGCCUCCCUGACUAUUUUUGCUCCAAACUUCAUUGCCAAGAACAUAAGCUUCAUGAAUGUUGCUCCUAGAGCAAAUCCUGGAGAUGUGGGAGCUCAGGCGGUGGCAAUAAGAAUAUCAGGGGACAUGGCUGCCUUCUGGGGUUGUGGAUUCUUCGGGUCACAGGACACUCUGCACGAUGAUAAGGGCAGGCAUUACUUCAGAGAUUGCUUCAUCCAGGGAUCCAUCGAUUUUAUCUUCGGCAAUGGCAGGUCUUUAUAUGAGGGAUGCAAGCUGAGUUCAAUAGCAAACGCGGUCGCAGAUGGAUCGAAGUUCAUAACGGGGGCCAUAACUGCACAAGGCCGGAAGACCAUGGAUGAUAACACAGGAUUUGUCUUUGUUAAUUGCACCAUUGGAGGUACAGGCAGGAUAUGGCUUGGCCGCGCAUGGAUGCCUUUCUCUAGGGUCAUCUUCGCCUACACUUUCAUGCCUCAAAUCAUUUCCCCAGACGGCUGGAGCGAUUUGAAUGAUGCUACAAGAGACCAGACUACUUUUUACGCGGAAUACCAGUGCACGGGACGGGGAGCAGAUACAAGCUUGAGGGUUCCUUACUUACAGAAGCUCAAUGAGACAGAGGCUUCGACUUUCAUUAGUAUUUCUUACAUUGAUGGUGAUCAGUGGUUACUCCCUUACCACUAGUCUGAUCCAUAACGAGUUAGCUUUCUUACUCUGCUUCUUCAUAAUCUGUGAAGAUUAGGUGCGGAGCUGCCUUGCCUAUUGGAUGUCUAUUUUACUAAUUUUGUACUUUCUUCAUGAAUGACACAAAGAUUAUCUCGAGGGCCUGCCUAAUCAU